AUGGAUUGCACAGUAUGGGGAAGCAGCGACACGGAGAUGGAUAUAAUGGAGAGAGACUCCCUCCAGCGAGAGGAUGCGAUAGAAAAGGGGGAGAUUCGCCUUCUCCGCGAGAGGGAGAUUGAGGAGGCACGGGCCUUCACGGAGGAUGCUCUUCGCCCGCACGCUGACCGCCUUGCAGCCUUUCUCGGGUACGUGAAGGCUCUUUCCGUGCGAAGAAGGGGGUCAGAGUGGGUUUCUGCGGAGAAGUCCGUUUGGGACGAGGUGAAAACAGCUAUUCUCAGGCACUGGGAGGUGGACACUUCCCCGGAAGAGGCAGGAGAGCAAAUAGUCCGGGCUAUGGACAAGAUCCUGUCAGGACGAGAGCAGUCCGUGGAGAAAAUAGCAGAAGCAUUCAGGAGUUUAGCACUGAAAAGUAAAUAA